AAGCCGUUUUUUAAAUUGAAACGAAAUAAUUUACUUAACAUAACUGAAACUGUACAUGAAGUUGCUCAAGUUUAAGUUAUUAAUUGUUGAAUUAUUUUUAUCACUAUGGACGAAAAAGAUGUUUUACCGAAUUUUAAAGAAAAUGAAGCGUACGCGGGCAAUCCGAUGGCAAAACUUGAAGAUGCUCUGGUCCUUUGCAAAUUUGGUCUAUUUCACUGGAAACUCAUGUUCACAACUUUGUUGUCUGUUUACGCUACAACCGCUGUUACAACGACGACUUCCUAUAUACUGCCAAGCGCAGAAUGUGACCUCGAGUUGACAAUGAUGCAGAAAGGAUUACUUAAUGCUAUACCUUUUUUAGGUCAAAUUUGUGCAUGCAUGUUCACUGGCUUCCUUACUGAUGCUUUUGGCAGGAAGAUAUUUUUAGCCGGUGGUAAUGUUGGCAUAUUUGUCAUAGCUGUCAUUGGAGCUUCCAGCCAAAGUUACGUGAUGUUGCUCACUGCGAAACUCUUGGAAGGCAUUGUGAUGAGCAUAGUGUUCACAGCAACAGCAACCUUCUUAACGGAAUUCGUCCAUCGGGAUGUGAGAGAUCGGAUACUUGUAAUGUAUUCGUCUUUUAUGUCUGUAGCUAUAAUAACGGCAGCUCUUGUCGCCUGGGCUAUAUUACCACAAAAACUGGACUUCGUACUGAUCGAUGGAUAUUUCGAAAUUCAUCCAUGGAAUAUUUACCUUUACGUAAACGCGUUAUGGAGCUUGUUUGCAGCUUUGAUGUAUAGCCAAAUGCCGGAAAGCCCGAAAUUUCUUUUGUCACAUAAUCAAGAGAACAAGGCUUUAGAUGUUUUAAAAUAUGUUUAUCAUAAAAAUACUGGCAAUGAUGGGGAAUCCUUUCCGAUAACAUCAUUGAACAUCACUGGCAUAUACAAAGAGACAAUCAAAGUCGGUAUAAAGAAGAAAGUGACUAACGCCCUCUUUGAAGUGAAGGAACUUUUUAGAAGACCUUUGAUCUUCAGGCUCAUCCUGUUUUCGGCCGUUACUUUUAUGUGCUUGCUUGUCUAUAGUGCACUUCGAUUGUGGUUCCCUCAGCUCUCUACUAUGAUAGAAAAUUACCAAAAAGAAAACUAUGGGCGUCAGAACCAGUUUUGUGUCAUGAUAGACGACUAUACAUCAAGAAAUGUAAUGCAGAGUGCAAACGUUACUGAGUUAGAAAUUUGUGUACCAAAACUGGCUGGAACAGAAACCUAUACAAACGGAUUAAUACUUGGUUUCGUUUCUUUACUAAGUAUUAUUUUAUCAAGUAGUCUAGUAGACUUUUUUGGCCAGAAGCCGCUAAUAUUUGUAUUCUUGCUACUGUGCGGCGUAUGUGCAGGUGCACUUUACUGGACCAAUUCGUCUUUGCAAAUAGCCAUAAUGAUAUCUGCUACGUGCGGAUUUAUGCAAGCGGCUUUUAGUCUACAGCACAGCAUUCUUGUUCGUGUAUUUCCUACAUCUGUCAGAACUAUGGCGCUGUCAUUAGUCAUAAUGGUUGGUCGUAUUGGAUCGUUGCUGGGAAAUAUAUUGUUCCCGUUGAUGUUAAAUACCGGUUGUAUGGUGCCUUUCUUGACUUUGAUUGUUGUUACUUGGAGUUUCGCGUUGUUAGUGUACUUUUUUCCUAACCCUAAAAAAGAGAACGGCGGUACUGGUGACAGAUAAGGUAAUACAAGUGGGAGACGAUUGUGUUGACACAGAUUAGAGGAAAUGGUACAUGUAUAUAAUGGUU